GUCCAAGCUCGGAGCGAGUCAGUCCGCUGAGUCCUGGUCUACAGAUUGAUAAUUAAACAUCAGCAUAAAGAUGGGCGACUGGGGCUUCUUGUCAACCCUGCUGGAUAAAGUCCAGUCCCACUCCACGGUCAUCGGGAAGAUCUGGAUGAGCGUCCUCUUCCUUUUCCGGAUCAUGGUCCUGGGAGCCGGAGCCGAGAGCGUCUGGGGGGACGAGCAGUCGGGUUUCAUCUGCAACACUCAACAACCCGGUUGUGAGAACGUGUGCUACGAUCACGUCUUCCCCAUCUCCCACAUCCGCUUCUGGGUCCUCCAGAUCAUCUUCGUCUCCACGCCGACGCUGGUCUACCUGGGCCACGCCAUGCACGUCAUCAGCAAGGAGAACAAGCUGAGGGAGAAGCUGGCGAGCCCCGGCGGGACCCGGCUGCUCAAAAUGCCCAAAUACACCAACGAGAAGGGGCAGGUGAAGAUCAAAGGCAACCUGCUGGGGAGCUACCUGACCCAGCUCAUCGUCAAGAUCCUCAUCGAGGCGGGCUUCAUCGUGGGUCAGUACUACCUGUACGGCUUCGUCAUGGUGCCCAUGUUCCCCUGCUCCAGGUCUCCCUGCCCCUUCACCGUAGAGUGCUACAUGUCCCGACCCACCGAGAAGACCAUCUUCAUCAUCUUCAUGCUGGUGGUGGCCUGCGUCUCUCUGCUGCUCAACUUCAUUGAGGUGUUCUACCUGCUCUGCACCAGGGUCCGAUGCGGGUCCAAGUCUCGCAACCAGAAGAUGAAUUCGGCAGAAAACCCUGCGAGCCUGUCGACGCUGCGGUGGCCGACGGCGGAGGACUCUCUGAAGCAGAACAGGAUGAACAUGGAGCUGGAGGGAAGCCAGAGUAUCGGAGGAAGUCUGGACGGAGCCAAAGAGGAGAAACGGCUGCUGAGUCACUAACAAACCGUCUUUAUAUAACUUAUUAAAAGCUGCCUGAUGGCCUCACAGAAACACUUUAUGUCAGAAUAUCAAGGAAAAGAAGUCACUGUGUAGUAUGUUGUGUUAUUGAUAAGAGAAGUAUUUUUAAGGCCUCAUUGUUGUAAUUUUCACGUUUAUUUUGUCUAAUCAUGGAAAAUGUGCAAUAUGUUUGUGUUGAUGCUGUAAAUCUGUGACAAUGAGCUCUCCUUUAACUUAUUACUGACAUUUUUUUUAUGCUGUUUUCAAUAAAUGAUUCAAGUUUGGAUAAAAAA